AUGCCCUCAUAUGCUAAGUUCUUAAAAGAAUUGCUUAUGAGAAAGAGGAAGUAUGUUGAGAAGGAAACCAUUGAAGUACAAGGAAACUGUAGUGCAAUAAUACAAAGGAAAUUACCUCCUAAACUGCAAGAUCCAGGAAGUUUCACUAUUCCAUGUACUAUUGGAGAGUUAGAAGUGGGAAAAGCUCUGAUUGACUUGGGAGCAAGUAUUAAUCUAAUGCCUCUUUCUAUGUUUAGAAAGAUCAGAGGAUUAGAAUUGAAGCCAACAAGGAUGACUCUUCAAUUAGCAGAUAGAUCUCUUAAAUACCCAUUUGGAGUGACUGAAGAUGUGAUAGUUAAAAAUGGUAAGCUAAAGGUCAGAGUACAGGAUGAAGAGGUGAAUUUUGAUGUCUUCCAAGCAAUGUCAUAUCCUAGAGACAAAAAGUCAUGUUUCCAAAGAGACAUUGUGGAAGAACUUUGUAUGAUGCAAGAUAAGAGAAUGCGAAAUGCAUCUGCACUGAAGAGGUCGCUUGUUAAUGAGAAUGAAGAUUUGCAUGAAGAAGAAGAGAAAAUGAUUGAAGAGUGUGUUCGUGAAUUGGAAGAAAUGAAAGAAAUCCCAAUAGAAGAGGUCAGUUUUGAACGAAUUGAUUCUAAGAAGAAAGUAAAGGAAAGUAAGCUCGAAUUGAAGGAACUACCACCACAUUUGAAGUAUGUGUUUUUGGAAGCUGGUGGACAGAAGCCAUUUAUUAUUAGUAAGCUAUUAUCUCCAAAAGAAGAAGAAAAGUUGGUGGAAGUCUUAAAGGUCAUUGAAAAGCUUCCACCACCAUCAAAUGUGAAAGGAAUCCAGAGUUUCUUAGGUCAUGCCGGUUUCUAUCGAAGAUUUAUUAAAAACUUCUCAAAGAUUGCUAAGCCAUUGAGUAAUUUGUUAGUGAAGGAUGCACCAUUUGAGAUGAGUUCUAAAUGUUCGAAAGCUUUGGAUGUUCUGAAGAAAAGCUUAAUUUCUGCUUCAGUGAUUGUAGCUCCAGAUUGGACUAAAGAGUUUGAACUUAUGUGUCAUGCUAGUGACUAUGCCAUAGGUGCAGUAAUGGGCCAAAGAAGAGAAAAAGUAUUUCAUGCUAUUUACUAUGCUAGUAAAGUCUUAAAUGAAGCCCAGUUAAAUUAUGCUACCACAGAGAAAGAACUUUUGGCCAUAGUCUAUGCACUGGAGAAAUUUAGAUCUUAUCUUAUUGGAUCUAAAGUUAUAGUUUAUACGUAUCAUGCAGCUAUUAAGUACUUGUUAACAAAUCCAUAUUCAAAGCCAUGGUUAAUCAGGUGGGUACUUUUUUUACAAGAAUUUGAUAUAGAAAUUCGGGAUAAAAAGGGAAGUGAAAAUUUGAUGGCUAAUCACUUAUCUCGACUGGUUAACACGGAAGUAACAAGCAAGGAGAAGGAAGUCUGGGAGUCUUUUUCAGAUGAAACUCUUUUGUACAUACAACAAAGGCCAUGGUUUGCUGAUAUGGCUAAUUUUAAAGUUGCAGGUGUUAUCCCUAAAGAAUUAAAUUGGCAAUAG